GCAUGCUCUUCCCUCUCGCGCCGCGGUUGGGGACGCAGGGAGGUCUGGCUGUUGUCAUGGGGGACGCCGAGGCGCCGGGGCAGUCGGGGGGAGUCCCCGCAGACCAAGGCGUUCAGCCGGCUACAGGUCGGGGAGGAGCCCUGGUGGAGUUCACCCCGACCCCCGGAGGCCUGGCCCUAGUGAGCCCCUACCACACCCACCGGGCCGGGGACCCCUUAGACCUCGUGGCGCUCGCAGAGCAGGUGCAGAAGGCUGACGAAUUCAUCCGAGCAAAUGCCACCAACAAACUAACAGUCAUAGCUGAGCAAAUCCAACAUUUACAAGAACAAGCCAGGAAGGUACUGGAAGAUGCUCGCAGAGAUGCCGACUUGCACCAUGUAGCUUGUAAUAUAGUAAAAAAACCUGGCAACAUUUAUUACCUUUAUAAACGGGAGAGUGGUCAGCAGUAUUUUUCUAUUAUUUCUCCAAAGGAAUGGGGGACAAAUUGUCCACAUGACUUCCUUGGCGCCUACAAGCUCCAGCAUGACUUAUCCUGGACUCCGUAUGAGGAUAUUGAGAAGCAUGAUGCUAAAAUCAGCAUAGUGGACAGGUUGCUAAGCCAGCCAGCGGCCCUGCCUCCAAGCACUGAGCCCGCCUUCCAGGGACUGACUGACUGAGAGAGGUCUCUGACAAACAGCUCUCACAACAAGGACUUACCACUAUCACCUCCUUGUUGCCCUCAUUUUCUGCGUUGAUGGGAGGGGGCAUGAGAAUUGAAGUCUUGUGGGGGAAUCAUGCACUUCUUGAGAGGAGACCCUGUGUGCAUAUAAAUGCUGUUGUAAUUACUUUCAGUUCCGAUGGUAAUGAAUCAUACCAGACCCAACCAGUGACUUUCAGAGUACUGGCCAGUGUACUUUCUUUCUCCUUUAUCUCCAUCUGUUCUCCCGUAAGUCAGAGCAUUGGAGAAAGAGGGGUGUCUUCUACCCACAUAAAGGUUGGCAAGGCAUUUUCCAGA